CUUCAAAAACAUCAAACGGUAUACGUGGAAGCACCUCGCCCUCGGGGGAAAAAAUAUCUGCAUCUGCAAACGGUAUAAAUAAAGUACGCCCAUUUUCAAGCUAGGAAUUUCAGAGCGCCUUCAUUGGCAGAGAGUCAGAGGGAUAAUGAAAUAAGUGAGAGAGGGAGAGAGAAAGAGAGAGGGAGCUAAAAUCCUCCGUCCCAUAUUAGUUAUCUAAAUGCACUGGACUUCAAGAUGAGUAUUUAACGAGGCGGAGGUAAGCGGCAAGGAAGAGUGCUAGACCCCAGCCCAAGCUGAACAAGGUUGCGGAAUAGUUCCCAGAGGUUUAGCUUAGCAUUUAUACGGAGCUUCUUGUGUUAAAUAUAUCUGAAGAGAAAUAUUUGAACGCAGGAACCCCUUAUUUAAUUGGGAGAAGUUUACUGUGUCUUGUAAAUUAAAAUAUUUGAGUGGUACUUUUCCCUAUUUUAACUUUAGGCGGUUGAUCUAUACUUUAGCCUCACUUUUCAUCCUCGGUUGCACCGGGAUAGCGGGAGUUGUUACAACAUAUUCCAGAGAGAGAAUGGGAUCUGACCUGAAGUGGCAGGCCAGCACUGGACUGUGGCGCCCGCUGCUUUUUACCGUCGUCUUGCUCCAGUUCGGUGGCUUCUCCGACGCCAGGAAGAGCUGGAAGGCCGGUCGCCAGAAUUCGCACUACCGCCGGGCGCAGGGCUUGGCCGCCCGCGACAGGAACCAGGCGCCCGGCUGGAACCAGCAGCAGCAGCCCGGCACGGCAGCCACCGAGGAAAGUUUUACGCUGGAUUUCACCGCCGUCGAGGGCAACAUCGACAACUUCAUGGCUCAGAUCAAGAGUUUGGCUCAGUCUCUCUACCCCUGCUCCUCUCAGAAGCUGAACGACGACAUGAAACUUCACUUUCUGGCCAAUACCUCCGUUACCUGCAAUGACGGCACCCCGGCCGGAUACUACAUUAAAGAGUCUAAAGGCAGCAGGCGAUGGCUUAUCUUCUUAGAAGGGGGCUGGUACUGUUUCAGCAAGGAGAACUGUGACAACCGAUACGAUACCAUGCAUUGGCUGAUGAGUUCUACCAACUGGCCUCGCAGCAGAACAGGAACUGGAAUGCUAUCUGCACAGCCCGAGGAGAACCCUUACUGGUGGAAUGCUAAUAUAGUCUUCAUUCCUUACUGUUCAAGUGACGUCUGGAGCGGAGCAUCCCAGAAGUCUGAGAAAAGUGAUUAUGCUUUCAUGGGAGCACUGAUAAUACAAGAGGUUGUCAAAGAGCUGUUGACGAAAGGCCUUGAAAAUGCCAAGAUCCUUCUGUUGGCAGGCACCAGCAGGGAAGGGGAGGAAACAGUUGAAACCUGGAGACUGGAGAAUGGAGGACUGCCCGUGUGUGUGAGUGAGCGUGCGGGAGGUACUGGCGUCCUGCUGAACGUGGACCGCGUGGCUCAACAGCUUGAGGAGCUGGGACUGCACGGGGUGCAGGUCCGUGGACUGGCUGACUCGGGCUGGUUCCUAGACAACAAGCAAUACCAGAGGACGGACUGCAUCGACACAAUAUCGUGCGCCCCCACAGAAGCGAUCAAGAAAGGGAUAAGCUAUUGGAACGGAGUCGUGCCGGAACGUUGUAAGCAACAGUUCAAAGAAGGAGAAGAAUGGAAUUGCUUCUUCGGAUACAAAAUAUAUCCAACGUUAAGAAGCCCGUUGUUCGUGGUGCAGUGGCUCUUUGACGAAGCGCAGCUUACGGUCGAUAACGUGCAUCUCACUGGACAACCAGUUCAAGAAGGCCAGUGGAACUACAUCCAGAACCUCGGGCGUGAGCUGAAGAACACCCUUAAGGACGUUCCGGCUGUUUUUGCACCUGCAUGCUUGUCUCAUGAAGUUAUCACAAAAAGUUACUGGCUGAACCUUCAAGUGAAGGGAGUCUCCCUCCCCCGGGCACUGCACUGCUGGGACCGGAGCCUUCAAGACAGCAACCGAAAUGGGAAGAGUUCCCUGAAGGGGUGCCCUGUCCACCUGACGGACAGCUGUCAGUGGCCGCACUGUAACCCGACCUGCCCCACCAUCAGAGACCAGUACACAGGGCAGGAGAUGACUGUUAUACAGUUCCUGAUGCACAUGGGGUUCGAUAUACAGAAGAUGGCCCAGGAGCAGGGUCUGGAGGUGAGUAAACUUCUGGGGAUGCUAAGCAGCGGGAGCUAAGGCAUCCCCCACCUUGGGACUGACGAGACUUUAGACGAGGAAAAGAAGUCAAAGCCCACACUGAGAAGAAGCAGGCAGGCUUUAUCUUUCGGAACCUCACAACCUCUCACAACAAAAACCUGCAAGGACACAAUAUAAAAUUCAAAAUGGUGGAAAGCACUGGAUUGUUUAAUUAAAGGAGAAAGAAGGUCAAGCAGCCUUUCGAAAUAAAUACUGGUUGUCAUGAUGGAUUGGACAGCAGAACACAAACCUACUCCUUUCCCCAUCCGUUAACAGUGUAGAACCGGGACAGCGGGAUUCAGGUCAAAAGUGCCACAAACUAUAAUGCUGUGUAUUUUUUAACAAACUAAAACCCAUGCUGAGUUGGUAAUUUUACAUAUUUAUUUUAUUAUGUAAAUCAUAUUUAUAAGUGUUAAGCAGGCAGAGAGCUAGAUAUGUUUCUUUAUAAAUUGUAAAUACUGUCUCCUAAUCGCAUGUUUUUUUGUAAUGGAAUUAAAAUCAUCUUCUGACAACCACUUUCAGACAUUACAUGCUGCUGUCAGAUCCGAGCCUUUUGCACUUCUUGUGAUUGUAAGGCGUAGAAAAGGGUCAGUCUGUUACUGAUUCUCAUUCCAGCUCCCAUUUCAUGCCCCACUUAGGUGUUUCCCAUAACGGUUCACUUUGAUUCACCUCAAUUCCUCCUCUUGGAAAGAACUUCUAUAGACUCCUGGCAAGUAUGGUUCUCCAGAAUUCUAGAUUGCCUGUGUUCAGUUUAUUCCCUAUAUUCCCAUUUGAACACGGCCUCCUCUACUGCCACAUUGAGGCUACUCUCGGGGUGGAAGAGCAAAAUCUCAUAUUCUGGCUGGGCAGUCUCCAACCUGAUGGCAUGAACAUCAAUAUUUCUACAUUCCCCCUUCCUUUUCUGUCUUUUUCCUUUCCCCAUUUUGGCUCCCCUCUCAACUCUUCUCCUCACCUGUCUCUCACCUCCCUCUGGUUCCCCUCCUCCUCCCCUUUCUCCCAUCGCCUACUUUUGUCUCCUAUCUGAUUCCUUCUUCUGCAGCCCUUUACCACCUAUCUCCUCCCAGGAUCUCACUUCAUCCCUCCUACCCACAUCCCCACCCACCUUCCCCUCACCUGGUUUCACCUAACUCCUUCCAGCUUGUACUCUUUCUCCUCCACCAACCACCCUCUGGCUGAAAUGGUCCUCACCCUCAAGAAUUUUUCCUUUGGCUCCUCACCCUUUCUCCAGACUCAAGGAAGAGACAGAGCACCAAUGUGGGCCAGCUAUGCCUUCCCAUGUUCUAAGCCCUCCUUGUUGAUACUCCCUUAUUCUUCCUGCGCUAAAUUGACAACUGCAUUGGUGCUGCUUCAUGCACCAGUGCUGAGCUCAUCAAUUUCAUCAACUUUGCCUCUAGCUUCCACCCUGCCCUUAAAUCAACGAUGCAUUUCUCAUACCUCCCUCCCCUUUCUCGAUCUCUCUGGCUCCAUUGCUAGAGGCAUACUGGUUCCCACAGUAUUCUUGACUAUAGCUCUUCCCACCCUACCUCCUGUAAAAAUGCUAUUCUCAUUUCUCAGUUCCUUCGUCUCCACCGCAUCUGUUCCCUGGAUGAGGCUUUCUGUUCCAGAGGCAUCCUCCUUCUUCAAAGAACAGGGUUUCCCCUUCUCCUCCGUCGAUGCUGCCCUCAGCUGCAUCUCUCUCAUUUCCCGCAUAUCUGUGCUCGCCCCAUCUUCCUGCUGCCUUAACAGUGAUAGGAUUCCUCUUGUCCUUACCUACCAGCCUAUUUCUGUUCCAACAUGUCGGCCCAUGGUCUUCUCUUGUCCCAUGAUGAUGCCACCCUUAUACUCUGUCUGGGUAGCCUCCAACCUGAUGGCAUGAAUAUCAAUUUCUCCUAACAGUAAUUUUUAAAAAUCCCUCCCCCUUCUCCUCUUGUUCUAUUCCCCACUCUGGCCUUUUA